AAUGGGCAUUUGUCAAAUGUCAAUUGUCAUUUGCGGAUUUGCGGUUCGUAAAUAAAAUAAUUGUCGAUAUUGCAAUUUGCAACUUGUUUUGCAUUUGUUUUCAUUGUUGAUAUAAAAAUAUAUCAUGAAAUCUACAUUAAUCCCUAUCUGUAAAAUUUUAAUAUUCGUUUUAGUUUUUAUGAGUGUUGUUAAUUAUGUAGUCAUAGGCAGCACACCUCCAAAAAAACUUCAAAUUGGAGUUAAAAAGCGUCCUGCAGAGUGCCCUAUGAAGAGUAGGAAAGGAGAUCUUCUGCAUAUGCAUUAUACGGGUACAUUAGAAGAUGGAACAGAGUUUGAUAGUUCAAUUCCAAGAGGCAAUCCAUUGACAUUUUCUCUAGGUGCGGGACAAGUAAUUAAAGGAUGGGACCAAGGUUUGAUUGGAAUGUGUGAGGGUGAACAAAGGAAACUUGUGAUUCCUCCAGAAUUGGCUUAUGGCGAAGCUGGAGCUCCACCAAAAAUACCUAAAUCAGCAACUCUAACAUUCCAUGUAGAUCUCGUUAAGAUUGAAAGGAAGGAUGAACUUUAAUUAAUAAAUUAUUUUUUUAUAUACAUUACCUAUGUGUGAAUAAUAUAAUAUUAUGUAGUAAA